UUCGCGAUGCGAAAACAGUUCUGGCGCGUCUUUCAAAGCGAUUGGUUGCCGGAGUCGGAGCAAACUGCAUUUACGGCAAUUCACGGCGUGACGGGCAGAAAUACGCCGCAUAAAUCAGUGUCAUAAAUCUGCGUGCGUUGUAUAUGAAAUUAAGUGUCCGUAUUUACAGAUAGCGCUAAGCAGCCCAAUGACAGGCCGCAACAUAUCCUAAAGAGCAGCCCAAGCACAGGCAGCCAUAAACAAGUCGGCGGCGCCCUAAGACAAACUGCCGCCCAGUGCCCCCAAAGCAAGUGUCAGAAAGCAAUGAAUAAGUGGCGGCUGCCGUCAUACAAAUGAAACGCCCAAUGUACGAUAUAUAUGUACAUAAAUAUAUGAAUAUGUAUGUAUGUAUUUACAUAUAAGUUAUUGGAUUAAGAGUCCCUCGCAAUGGCAAUACUCGAGUCCUGCUGCUUCUGGAAGAAUGUGCGGCAGGGCAGCUUCGCCUGCGCCUUUUACACUCUGAUUUACUUUGGCCUGUCCACGUUAAUGUUCACGUUCUAUUUGAAAGAGGAGCAGGACUUUUUGCUGGGUCGCAGCACACAGCCGUUGGGUGAGAGCAUCUUGGAGAAGGGCGAUGUAACUGUAGUAACUGUGAUAUUCAACAUUUUGUUUUUGUUUUGCUCGAUGCUGAUGGUCUUGGCGUCCCUUUUGCUGAUUGCGGGACUGCGGAAUAACAAACGCCAAUUGCUGUUGCCCUGGAUUGGUUUGAUGCUCUGCGAUUUGCUUAUUGAGAUCGCCCAUCUGGUCCAUCUGACAUUGUCACGCCGCGUGGUGUUCGAUCCCAUUGUCGGCUUCAUAUUCACGCUAGACUUCUUCAUACUCUGUCUGAAUCUCUACUGUUUGCUCUGUGUGGUUUCCCAGUAUCAAACUUAUCGCACACAGCGCGCCGAGCAACAACAGCAUCCAGCGAUGUCGCCCACUGUGGUCUUUACGGAGCCCGAGAAGCAGGGCAAAACAAAGCGGCAACUGUUAACGGCUUCAAAUGCUGCCAAAGGGAAAAGGCAUUCACAUCGCCUGCUGGCUGCGAGUCCUUUGAUCACGUCACAGCGGCCAACCAACUUUUCCACCAUCACCGAAGAGGAGGAGCAAACACAGCAGCAGCAGCAGCAGCAGCAGAGCAAAGGAGUUGCAACCCCAACAACAGCAGCAGCAGCAGCGGGAGCUGUCAAUGGCCAUAACGAUAACGGUCACAUUCCGGAACAGUCGCCAUCCCAAUCCAGCGAAGCGGCAGAGCCUUCCAAUGUCAAUAUACCAAUUAUUACUCUAGAUCCCAAUUCGCUGCAAUGAUGCAGCUGCUCCGUUUGACAACGACAUGGGACACUUUGAAGUGGACCCAUACACGCACACACACAUACACACGUAGAGUUGACCUAUUUUUACAUGUAUGGUUAAAGUAAAAUUCUCAUAAAUGCCAUCAAGCACAA